GUUUAGGGUUAUUGACAUUUUUCUGCUAUUACGUAGGGGACUCUUAUUUUGAAGAUUUCUGAAAUUCCGUGACCCGGAAGUUGCCGACGAGAUUUUGAUCAAUAUACCCAACAGUUUUAUUAAGUAGAUGUUGUUAGCCAUGUCUCAAGACGGAUUUCAACCUACACUUAUAAGGACCACGCACACUAACAACACGAGCUCGAGUAUUCAACAACCACAGGCACCGUGCCCUGGUAAAACACCCAUACAAGUUCUACAUGAAUAUGGAACAAAAAUUGGUAACCUUCCCGUGUACGUGAUGGAAAAGGCCGAAGGGGAGGCGCACCAACCCAGCUUCAUCUUCAACGUUACAAUAGGAGAUAUGUCUUGCACAGGUCAAGGAGCCAGUAAAAAAGCCGCCAAACACAAAGCCGCUGAGUCUGCCCUGAACCUUCUGGAAAUAGACCCCGGAACACCACUUCACAUAAAGAAGGAGAGUAAUGGCAACCCAGCAAAGCCUAACGACCAACCCAACUCAGUGGGGAAACUGCAGGAGCUGGCGCUGCAGCAGGGAUGGCGCCUCCCUGAAUACACUGUUUUCACAGAGGCAGGCCCACCUCACAAGAGAGAGUUCACUGUUACCUGCAGAAUGGAGUCGCUCACAGAGACCGCGACGGGAAAUUCCAAGAAGGUGGCUAAAAAGGCAGGUGCUGAGAAGAUGUUAGCAAAACUUCUAAAUGUGUCUGGUUGUCCUGAAAUCACAUGGAUCCCAAAGCCCGGUGUCCGAUUGGAGAACUUGCGUAACUCCUCGGCAGAGAAGAUGUCUCUCCUAAGAAGGAACCCACUCAGUAUUCCCAACACAGACUACAUCCAGAUGAUGCUGGAGCUGUCCCAAGAGCAGGGCUUUGAAGUCACAUACUUUGACAUUGAUGAGCUGACAGUGAACGGGCAGUACCAGUGCUUGGCAGAGCUGUCCACCUCACCCAUCGCCGUAUGCCACGGAACAGGCAUCUCCUGCGGCAACGCACAUAACGACGCCGCACACAACGCUCUCCAGUACAUCAAGAUCAUGGCUUCCAUCAAAUGAGCGAUCGUAGUAAACGGCACAGGUGUUUUUUUUAAGGAAAAACAUUUAAUCUCAACUGAAAGGUGUCGCUAUCCUCCAUCUACCACUGUUUUCACGCCUUACCCCAGUGUUCACUUGGUGUGGAAUUGGUGAAUAUUGAUGGCAGUAUCAAUAGAAAUCAUGCCAUUCAGACAAAUCUACCUAGUUUGUGUUUUUUUACAGUGACAGGAAACACAGUUCAUCACCUGUGGUGUCUGUCAGCCAUUUUUAAAUUAGGUUAAGAAAAAGAUCAGCGGUACACAGUGAAAGCUAAUCCUGUGGAGUUGAUGUACUGUGGAAGGACAAGGGAAUAGAAUGGACACAAGUCUUGAAAGGCCUUGCUUCCAUAAUGUUGACAACAGUCUCCACCCUAUCCCAUUGUUGACAACAGUCUCCACCCUAUCCCAUUGUUGAGAACCGUCUCCACCCUAUCCCAUUGUUGACAACAGUCUCCACCCUAUCCCAUUGUUGACAACAGUCUCCAUCCUAUCCCAUUGUUGACAUGUUGAGAACAGUCUCCACCCUAUCCCAUUGUUGAGAACAGUCUCCACCCUAUCCCAUUGUUGAGAACAGUCUCCACCCUAUCCCAUUGUUGACAUGUUGAGAACAGUCUCCACCCUAUCCCAUUGUUGAGAACAGUCUCCAUCCUAUCCCAUUGUUGACAUGUUGAGAACAGUCUCCACCCUAUCCCAUUGUUGAGAACAGUCUCCACCCUAUCCCAUUGUUGAGAACAGUCUCCACCCUAUCCCAUUGUUGAGAACAGUCUCCACCCUAUCCCAUUGUUGAGAACAGUCUCCACCCUAUCCCAUUGUUGAGAACAGUCUCCACCCUAUCCCAUUGUUGAGAACAGUCUCCACCCUAUCCCAUUGUUGAGAACAGUCUCCACCCUAUCCCAUUGUUGACAAGUCUCCACCCUAUCCCAUUGUUGACAUGUUGACAACAGUCUCCACCCUAUCCCAUUGUUGACAUGGUGACAACAGUCUCCACCCUAUCCCAUUGUUGACAUGUUGAGAACAGUCUCCAUCCUAUCCCAUUGUUGACAUGUUGACAACAUUCUCCACCCUAUCCCAUUGUUGACAUGUUGAGAACAGUCUCCACCCUAUCCCAUUAUUGGCAUGUUGAGAACAGUCUCCACCCUAUCCCAUUGUCGUUGUUUUUCUAUACACGCAAUAGUGUAUUGAAUGGUAAAUGUAAAACUAUUUGCACUGAACAAAAUUAAUGAGAGAACUCGUUUUGCCUCGUUUACUCAUAAGCCUAUGAUAAAAAAGGAAUUUAUCAAUGAAUUUGAUGAAACACUAACGUAAGUCUGACCCUCAUUUUUCAAAUAGGGAUAUUUUCUAAACGAAGCAGAAAUGAAGUAGGAACAAACUAAAUAUUCAUUACACGUUGGUAUUUUGUUUGAUUUAAUUGGUUAUUAUUCAUCUUUGCCAAGUCAAUAUUCAAUUACAUUACUGUGAAACACUUUUCCAUAGUGUAUAUUAAUGCCAUAGUCUAUCAUAACUUUUAGUUUGAUUUUAAAGUUUGAGCUUUGGGUUAACACCAUUAUAUUAGUUUCUUUUUCAUUGUAUUUGAUUCCGUCAAACAGGACUCUUGUUUUGUGUAACUACCACAUGUCUUAACAGAGAACAAGACCAACAGCAGGUUUUAGUUUAGUGUCAAAACAAAAACAACCGCUCAAUUGGGCUCCGGAGUGGCGCAGCGGUCAAAGGCACUGCAUCUCAGUGCUAGGGGCGUCACUACAGACCCUGGUUCGAUUCCAGGCUGUAUCACAACCGGCUGUGAUUGGCAGUCCCAUAGAGCGGCGCGCUAUUGGCACAGCGUCGCCCGGGUUAGAGUUUGGCCGAGGUAGGCCAUCAUUGUAAAUAAGAAUGUGUUCUUAACUGACUUGCCUAGUUAAAUAAAAAUUCAUUAGAAAAUGUAACAUUUGGCUUGUUUAGGUUGAAUUGUGCUUACAUCACAUGAGAUUAUAUAAAUCUACAUGUCUAGACUAUGAAAAUAUGUAUUUCUUUUUGUAAAAUGUAUAUUUAAUUUAAUGGUAGCAAGAUUACAUACUCGGAAACAUCGGGACAACUCCUGUCUUAGACUUCAAGGCUGCCAUUUUGUUGUCUUCACUCUACAAAGAGACAAUAAUUAGAAUCUUUGUAGCUUUGAUGUUGAUGUCUAAGAUUGGUGAUGUCAUCUUUCUCAGUCUACCUGUAAUGUAGCCUAGUUAUGUCAGGUGUGUAUGAAGUCAUUUUGCUGUGUGUGUGUGUGUGUGUGUUUUGAAGGCUUUGUGAUUGUGCUGGUUGAAAUGCUAUGCUAAUGACGGGAUGAUAUUUACUACCGGAUUCCACCUUGUCCUGAGUUUGUCACAAAGCCUCUUGAUUGGGUGGUUUAAUCACCUUUUGGUUUCCUUUAACAAGGUGUGUAUUGUAUGUAAUGUUUUUUGGUAGACUCAUCCCAAACGUGUGCUGUGUACCUGACCACAUUAAUACACAACUAUUACAUGUGAAGUGGGACAGACAUGUUAAAUAAAUCUAUUUGACAUCGA